AGCAGUACUAUAAUGGAUAUAGACAGCACAAUUUCCAGUGGACGUUCAACUCCUGCAAUGAUGAACGGACAAGGAAGCACUACUUCUUCAAGCAAAAACAUUGCCUAUAACUGUUGUUGGGACCAGUGCCAGACUUGCUUCAACUCUAGUCCAGAUCUGGCAGAUCACAUUCGUUCCAUACAUGUAGAUGGUCAGCGAGGAGGGGUAUUUGUUUGCCUAUGGAAGGGUUGUAAAGUAUAUAACACUCCUUCAACCAGUCAAAGUUGGUUACAAAGACACAUGCUGACACACAGUGGAGAUAAACCUUUCAAGUGUGUUGUUGGUGGUUGCAAUGCCAGCUUUGCAUCUCAGGGAGGGCUAGCUCGUCAUGUACCUACACACUUUAGUCAGCAGAAUUCUUCAAAAGUUGCCAGCCAGCCAAAGGCCAAAGAGGAAUCUCCUUCUAAAGCUGGAAUGAAUAAGAGGAGGAAGUUAAAAAAUAAAAGACGACGCUCUUUACCACGACCCCACGACUUCUUUGAUGCACAGACACUGGAUGCAAUCCGACAUCGAGCCAUAUGCUUUAACCUCUCAGCCCAUAUAGAAAGUUUAGGAAAGGGACACAGUGUUGUUUUUCAUAGUACUGUAAUAGCCAAGAGAAAAGAAGAUUCUGGAAAGAUAAAACUGCUGCUUCAUUGGAUGCCAGAAGAUAUUUUGCCUGAUGUGUGGGUUAAUGAAAGUGAACGACAUCAAUUAAAAACAAAAGUAGUUCAUUUAUCAAAGCUACCCAAAGACACUGCCUUGCUUUUGGACCCAAACAUAUACAGAACAAUGCCACAGAAGAGGUUGAAGAGAACUCUGAUAAGAAAAGUAUUCAAUUUGUUUUUAAGCAAACAGUGAACGUCAUUUGCAAUCAACCAAAAAUUUCAUCUAUCGAAUUAGGGCUGAAACCUUUAACUGUUAAAAGAGUGUUGCAGUAUGUGUGGUGACUCC